AUGGCAAACAAGGACAAUGAUAUCCCCAAGGCGCAAGAUGGUAAUACCGGCCAGACCCAAGGAAACAUUAGUGGCAACAACAGCGCUACCAAGCAACCGAACAACCCGCCGGCCCAACGAACACGCCUCCCUGGAUUUGGGGCACCUCUGCCAGCCGCACUUGGCUCCAACUUGAACUUCUGGGCCCUGCCUUCUUCAACCGCAAUAUCCGCGGUCUGCUUCAUUUGCCAGCGAACCUUCAGCCGGGAGGAUAUUCUUGGAGGGCAUAUGCGCCGUGUACAUUGCGGCACGAAGUGCUACUUCACGAGUUGUGGCCGGACCUUCGACGUUGAUUCCGCUGUCGGAGACCACCUCCUUGAGCACAACGGUGGUAAAGAGCCUAUUAUUAGUUGGUGA